AUGAUCGCCACCGGCGGCCUGCUGAGGAUUUCCGCCAGAAAGCAGGAUCCCCUGCGCCCCCCGAGCCAGGUGCCCAAGCGCAAGCGGAAAGCCAGGAGGAGGCGCAAGAACGACGUGGUGGUGGUCAAAGGCAAGCUGAAGCUGUGCUCCGUCUCGGGGCUCAUCGCCCUCUGCGGCAUUCUGGUGCUGCUGGUGGGCAUAGCCAUGGCGGUGGUGGGCUACUGGCCCAAGGCCAACGGGGCCAGUAGGGAGGGGGGUAAGCAGCUGCCGUUCGCGGGCGACGGCCACCGCGUCGCAACCAUGGCCAAUAGCAGCAGCAGUGGCAGCAAAAACCGGUCCAGGAGCCACCCAGGGACUCUGCAAGGUGUCAACUCCAGUUCCGUGGGCGCGCCCAGGAGCACGCCUCCAGCGCGGCCCCCCGCCCCGUCCCCGUCUUCCUCCACGUCGGUGGGCUUCUUCUUCCGCGUCUUCUCCGGCUACCUGCACUCUGACAAGCUCAAGGUCUUCGGGCCCCUCAUUAUGGGCAUCGGCAUCUUCCUCUUCAUCUGCGCCAACGCCGUGCUCCACGAGAACCGGGACAAGAAGACCAAGAUCAUCAACCUGCGGGACCUCUACUCCACCGUCAUCGACGUGCACAGCCUCCGCGCCAAAGACCUGGCUGCCGCCGCGGCCGCGCUGGCCAAAGCCACCGCCCCCUCUCCCCGCCCGCGGCUGGGGGACUCGCCUCCCGCCAGGCGGGACUCGCAGAGCUCCCAAUCGGAUGACCCAUCCAGCAGCAAUAAGGGCUACACCCCCCUGCGAGAGGCCGGCACCUCCUUGGAGUCGGUCGUGGACGCAGUAGCUAGUAAAAGACAAGACUGUGCGGCCGCCACCGCCCCGGGUACGGAGCACAGCCCCCAGGAGGAUCCCAGCCAAGAGCCACCCGCGGCCGAGCAACCUCAGCCGGUGCAGAGGCAGUUUACAAACAAGGAGAAACUCCUCAUGAUUUCCCGGUCUCAUGCAAUAGGGGUCGAAGACGGAGAACUGGAAAGCACUGGCAUGUAGGGGAAGAGGAAGUGAGGGGGGAAAGGAGAGAGAAAACGGGAGAAACGCCCACUUGAAUCAGUGCAUUUAACAGUUCCCUGUUUCCUUCGUGGACUGAUCCGAGGAAAUCAUUCAAUACCCAAAGAGCUGCAGAAUGUUAUCCUUGAAUUGCGUUCACAAGAUUACUGUAGAUAUCUCCAAGCAAUUUUUUUUAAAAAAGCAAACUAGUCUUUUUAUGUCCGAUGGUGAUUGUAUGUUCCAUGAAAACCAAAUGUAUUAAAAGGUCAGCAAUCUA